AUGCCUCCUACGCCUCCGAACCGCGCGCUGUCAUCGAAGGAGGCAACUCUCUUCAGAGAGGUCUUGAAUCUAUACGAGACCAGGCAGCUCAAGAAGGGCCUCAAGACUGCUGAUCUGAUAUUAAAAAAAUGCCCCCAGCAUGGAGAAACCCUAUGUAUGAAGGGGCUGAUCCUGACACAUCUGGGGAAACGGGAGGAGGGGGUCGAAUUAGUCAAGCAGGGCAUCCGGCUCGACCUGACCUCUCACAUCUGCUGGCACGUCUUCGGCCUCAUCCAGAAGGGCGAGAAGAAGUAUGACGAAGCCUUGAAAUCGUACACGCAAGCGCUGAAGUAUGACAAGGAAAACCUCAACAUCCUACGGGAUGCCGCUCAUCUACAGACACAAUUGCGAAUGUUUGACGGCCUCGUGGAGACUCGACAUACUCUCCUCAGAUUACGACCCACCCUUCGGCAGAAUUGGAUUGGUCUUGCGGUCGCUUAUCACUUGAAUGGAAACCUGCCUGAAGCUUGCAAUGUACUAGAACUGUACCAGAAAACGUUGAAGAAUGUUCCAGACUACGAUGUAGAACACUCCGAGGUGUUGCUCUAUCAUGUUCACCUUCAAGAAAAGAUGGGCAACUACAAUGAGGCCUUGACUAUGCUGGAUAUAUGCGCAAGAUCGAGAGCAAUUAUUGAUCGAAUAGCGAUCAUGGAGUUCAGAGCACGACUAAUGUCAAAGCUGUAUAUGCCUGACGCCGAGCAUUCAUGGCAAGCGCUCAUCGAACAGAAUCCUGAGUGCCAUCAAUACUAUAAAGGGUUUCUCCAGAACCGUGGUAUUGACCUUGAUGCCAUGACAGAGGAGACUCGUGGUCUAGCAUUGCAAUCCCUCCUCGACUUCUCACAACAACUAAACCGGGCGACAGCUCCCCGUCGCUUGGCCUUGAACCUCGCACAGGGCGAUCAGUUCAGGAAUUUAGCAGAUGCAUACCUCAGGGCCGGACUAGAGAAGGGCAUCCCGUCAUUGUUUGCAGAUGUCAAGGCCCUUUACAAGGAUGUGCAGAAACAGCAAGUCAUCGAGGACCUCGUUGAAACACUGCGCGAGAGCCUACUUCCCCUUCAGCCGUCAGAUUCGUCGAACAUCGAGCCGACGACGUACCUUUGGACCUUGUACUUCUUAGCCCAACAUCACUCCUACUUGUCUCGCCAUAAGCGUGCUCUGGAACUCUUGAGGACUGCGAUGGAUCACACGCCGACACUGCCCGAGCUCUAUAUAUUCCAGGCGCGCGUGCUGAAGCGAUGUGGCGACCCCAUCGGCGCCGCACGAAGUCUGGACGAAGCCCGUGUAUUGGAUCUCCAAGAUCGGUUCUUGAAUACGAAGUGCGCCAAGUAUCGCAUGCGAGCCGGCCACGUCGAUGAAGCCGCCGAUAUCUUGGGGCUGUUCACGAAGGCAAAUGCAGUCAGUCCCGGCGCCGACCUGGAAGAUAUGCAAUCGCUGCUCUACCUCACUGAGGAGGCAGCCGCACACCUGCGCAAAGGCAACCUCGGUAUGGCCCUGAAGAAGUAUACCGCCAUUCAAAAGGUAUUCGAUGAAUGGGAUGACGACCAGUUCGACUUCCACGGGUACUCGCUGCGCAAGUUCACGAUCAACGUAUACUUGGAUCUCAUCACUUGGGAGGAUCAUCUUCGAUCGCAUCCAGAUUAUAUAUCAUCUGCGAUCGCUGCUUCUCAGAUCUACGUCCGCCUACACGACGAUCCCUCGCUAGCUACACGUGGCAGCUCUACCACUAACAUGACUGACGCUGAGAAGAAGGCGAAAAAGAAGGCAAAGAAGGCAGAGAAGAAAUCGCAGGAGGAAUCCAAAAAGGUCACAGCGACAGCCUCAGCCUCGCCGAAUGAGGACAAGGGCCUUGAGCUGGGUCCCGCAAAGGACGACGACCCAGACGGGAUGAAGCUCCUGCAGGUGCAAGACUUGCUUGAACGGGCAGCCAAGUGGUUGGCGCCACUUGGCACGCUGGCGAAAGGCAACCUCAACGCAUGGAUAGUCAUCUACGAUGUUGCCGUGCGACGAAAAAAGUACUUACGGGCCGUCAAGGCGCUGAACAGUGCCCACGCGCUCGACGCCGAUCAUCCUGAGCUACACGUCAGAAAAGCUCAUUUCAAGCUUGCCUUGUCGUCAGCACAGGAGCAGCCGGCCGAGCUCGUCGGCCCUGUAGUGACAGCCGCACUGACGAAUUUACUGCCCGACGAACUGUCCUUGGAGCUGUUCAACUCGCAGUACCUCCAGCGUCACUCGACAGACGCGCGUGCCAUCCUCGCCUCCGCGAAGGUGUCCCGCUUGCUGAACGCACCUAAGGAUGAGGUCGAGAGUGCAGUGUUCGCCGCGCUCAAUCCAGACGUGCAGCUGGACAUCAAGGCGAGUACCGCGCAAAACGUGCUUGUCUUCCUGAACGAUAUCGGAUCGUCCCGUGCGGACGAGUUCCGCCAGGCCUGCGACGGCAAGUUCGCUCUGUCGACGGUGUUCAAGCUACCGAGCGAAACGGCCGGCUUGCGCUGGUCGGCGCUGCCGCCGGAUGAGCCCAUGUCUGCGGGUGAGGCGGACAAGGCGGAGGUCAUGAGCUGA